AUUGCUGUAAUCGAAUCAAUUUGGUCUGAAACGAAGCCCACCGGCCAGCCGCGCCGGUCGGUACCCUCACGGAGUUCCACGCUCAUUGUGUAUUUACAAUAAUGCAUCGCAUCCAGUUCAGAAAGUUAUCUCUCUGUUUGACUAAGCACUUUGUUUCGAAUUUGCAAACAGACUGCUAUCUUAUCGGCUCAUAUUAGUAGAAGUUGUACGGCGGGUACACGCGUCGGUGACUGUUUCCUAAAACUGUGAUGUGAGCUCUCAUCUGUGUUUGUGAUUAUAUUCUGUGAUUUAUUUUUGUUUAGAUCCUAUAUUGAAGAUAUUGUUUAGUAACAAUGACUGAAGGCACGAAUGAUAUCCAAAGCGAAUUGGAGAAAUUAAGACGUCCGUCGUACAGGCCACCACCAGACAAUGAAGAGAUUAAAGAAACGAAGACUUCACCAAGUCAGGAGACUGAUGAUCCACAGAAGUACAGGCUGAUACUCGAGCCAGCGCUCGUGGGCGCCAUGAUUGCGAUCAAUCUGGGUCAAACCUCACUACAGAACUUCUAUUUGCAAACAGCCUGUACAGUCGACCUAGGGGUGGAUUUAGAAGUUUGUUUAAAAGGAGAUAUGGAGGCGGAGAGUCAAGUAGUAGUAUCAGGAGUGAACGUCAGUAGAAGUUUCAUUGGAUCUCUAAUAUCUACAAUAAUCCUGCUGUUUGUUGGUCCAUGGAGCGAUUGCAGUGGGCGUCGGAAACCAUUGCUUAUACUACCAUUGAUCGGUAUGAGUGUGAUGACUACUGGUGUUAUACUGAUGCUGAUAUUCCCGGGAGCGUCCACGGUACAAGUCUUGUAUGCCGUACAACUGCCUAUAUCGUUAGGAGGGAAUUUCGGAUUACUACUAGCAGCCGCUUUCAGUCAUAUUGGUGAUUUAUGCUUCGCAACGGGUCGUGACGUCACUCGGACUAUGGGAACCCACCGAGCUGCUGUGCAGAUAGCACAUGUAUUGGGCGCAGUAGGAGGGCCCCUACUCUACCGCACGUUUGGAUUCUUCGGUGUGUUUCCACUUGUUUUAUUUCUACAGGUAUCAUCCCUAAUAUACGUGAUAGUAGCAGUGAAGGAUGUCAAUGUGAACAGGGAUAAUAAAGUAUCUGUCUGCAAUUGGAAGCUGCCGUUUAAUGCAGUGUACUGUCUGGUGAAGCCCAGGGAGGGUCGCAAGAGGACUAUUAUAUUCCUCAUGUUGGUGGUCACGCUUGGAGACAGGAUGUUAUUAUCUGCGGAGGUGUUAAUCGCCUACAUGUACUACCGGUAUAAGUUCCACUGGAGUGACGUCAUGUUCGGAUCCUACCUCGCUUACAAGAACAUUGUUAGUUUUAUUGGUACAUUGUUAAUUCUGUCGAUACUGAAGCGUCGGUUACGGCUGUCUGACGAGACGGUGGGCAUGCUGAGCUGUGCCUCCUACAUCCUUGCUACCUCGGGCCUUAUUGCAGCCACCAUGACUUGGUGUGUUUUCAUGUUGCCCUUGGUUGGUAUUAUCGCACAAGGCUCGCAGGUGGUGCAAAGACCUUUACUGAACAAGCAGAUAUUACCGACAGAACAAGGUAAAAUUUACAGCGUGAUGGGCUCUUUGGAAUCAGCGAUGCAGACGAUGUCUUCACCUUUAUACUCUUUGCUUUAUACAAAGACUGUCGCCACUAUGCCAGAUGCCUGGUUACUGCCAGGCAUAGGACUAGCAUGUAUCCAACUAUUAUCCUAUUUAAUAUCAAGGAAACUACGGCAAUCACAAGACUUGAAAACAAAUCCAACAGAUCUCGCAGAAACUGGAAAGAAUUCAGAAACUAAAAUACCUUUGCGAACUAAAGAGGUUAAGUAGCAUUUAUUAGUUCGUAUUUAAUUUUGUUAGUGAAUAAAAGAAGAAUUUUGUAAACGAAAUAGUUAAUUAAGUUAAGGGAAAUAGAAUAUUUUUUU